AUGUCCGUGAACAUACUCAACAAGCAGGCCGACAGCCUGCAGGCCAUGGCCGCGCUGGCUACCAACAUACACGCCGCCAAGAGCCUCUGCGACAUCGUCAAGACAAACCUGGGCCCCAAGGGCACCUGCAAGAUGCUGGUCAACGGCGCCGGAAACAUCAAAAUCACGAAGGACGGAAGCGUCCUGCUCGGAGAGAUGAUGAUCCAGCACCCUACGGCCAUGAUUCUGUGCCGGGCGGCCUCGGCCAUGGACGAGAUCACCGGCGACGGCACCACCUCAAACGUCAUGCUCUCCUCCAACCUGAUGAAGAACAGCGAGGAACACAUCCUGUACGAGGGCGUACACCCGAAAUUCGUCGCUGACGGCUUCGGAGUGGCGGUCGAGAAGGCGCUCAAGUGCCUCGAGGAACUCAAGGUCUCCGUCGGCUCGCGUGAAAAGCUCGACUGGGAGAUCCUCGCCAGCGUCUCCAAGACGUGCGCGUGCACCAAGUUACCUAGGGAGCUCGCACUGCACAUCGCUCACGAGGUCGUGGAGGCCGUUAAGCUCAUUUAUCGUCCCGACCAGCCCGUCGAUCUCUUCAUGGUCGAGGUUCUGCACAUGCGGCACCGCCUCGCCUCUGAGACCCAGCUUGUGCGCGGCAUGGUCCUCGACCACGGCUCGCGCCACCCGGACAUGCCCAAAAGAAUCGAAAACGUCUUCAUCCUCACCCUCAACUGCUCGCUGGAGUACGAACGGAGUGAGGUGCACUCCGGAUUCUCGUACUCCUCUGCCAAGCAACGCGAACGUUUGGUCACUUCCGAGCGCAAGUUCACCGACGACAAGGUGCAGAAGAUCAUAGACCUCAAGCGCAUGGUGUGCCCCCCGGGAAGCAACCGCUCCUUCUGCGUGCUGAACCAAAAGGGCAUCGACCCGCCGGCGCUGGACCUGCUGGCCCGUGAUGGCAUCAUGGCUCUGCGACGCGUCAAGCGCCGCAACAUGGAGCGCUUGACGCUGUGCUGCGGCGGGACCGCGUGCAACAGCGUAGAGGACCUCAAGAUAGCCGACCUCGGGUUUGCGGAGAAGGUGUACGAGCAGAUGGUCGGAGAGGAAAAGUACACCUUUGUCGAGGGCGUGUCGAACCCGCGCAGCUGCACGCUGCUCAUCAAGGGGUCAAGCGAUUACAGCAUAGCUCAAAUCAAGGACGCCGUCAGGGACUGCCUUCGCGCAGUCAAAAACGCAAUCGACGACGGUUACGUGCUUCCAGGAGCAGGCGCCACUGAACUCCACAUAUACAACCGCCUGAUGCGCAACAUAAGCGAAGUCAAGGGCAAGGCCAGGUACGGCGUUCAGGUCUUUGCUGAGAGUGUGCUCGCCAUCCCCAAGACACUGGCGGACAACGCCGGUCUCGACGGGCGCGAAGUCGUGCUCGAGCUGCUUGACAUCGACCAAGAGUACGGCAGGUACGUGGGACUUGACCUCGACACCGGCAAGUUCCUCAUCCCCGCGGCCGAGGGCAUAUGGGACAAUUACAGCGUCAAGAAGCAGACCCUUACCAUAGCCACCACAGUGGCGCAGCAGACGCUGCUGGUCGACGAGAUCAUCAAGGCUGGGCGGUCAAUGAGCGCUAAGCCCACGUGA